AAAACUCUAGGAAUGGUGUGGUCAUCAUUACACAUGUAGUCCUCCAUCAACCUUCCCCCACACCCAUUGUUUUCAUUAUCUCUGUCACUCUUUCUUAGCCCUUCACUAUUAGUACUCUCUCUUUCCAAUCUUUCCCUUCCUCGUUUUCAAUACAACUCUCUUAUGUAUAUUUUUCUAGUGCCAUAUAAUAACUUUGCUUUUACGUCCUGUUUUUGUACAUGCAUACCCAAUAGCUCAUUUUCUUGCAAAUCUUGGCCUUCUCAACAUGGGCACUCCCCUUCAUUCUCAAUUUCUUGCUUUCAAUAGCCUCAUUUUGCUUCUUUUCAUUUCAUUCAAUGUCCAAUUAAAUCAUGCCACAUCGACAACCACCGUGUUGGCCAAAGACCAAGUAUCAUGCACAAUGUGCUCCUCUUGUGACAACCCAUGUCAGCCUAUCUUCUCUCCACCACCACCAUCACCGCCACCAUCUCUUCCAUGCCCCCCACCACCGUCACUUCCACCACCUCCUUCACCACCACAACCUUGCCUGGGAGGCUGCUCUCAGCCUAUGACCCCGCCUUAUAGUGGUGGAGGUAGCGGUGGUGGUAAUGGUGAUUACUACUUUUCUCCAACCAACCCUUCUAUGUACCCAAUCCCACCACCUCCCAACCCCAUUGUACCGUAUUUCCCUUUCUACUUUUACAACCCUCCUGCACCUAAUACAAUUGACUCCAAAUCCGUUCACUUCAAGAACCAUCAUCCUUUUAUCACUUGUCUCAUUAUUCUUGUUUCCAUUUUAUUGUUUCUUUAACCGUAAAUAAGGGGACAUGCAUUAAAAUUAAUUGUUGCAUAACAUCAAGGAAUCUCAGUAGCUCGGUUGGUUAGCGAA